CCUUGCGCCUCCUUUCGAGUUAUAAAUUGGACGUGAACAGCAGCCGUUAUCUUCUCGGAGAGGAGCGGAUAUAAACCACAGAUUUAGGUUUUGAAAGUCUGGAAAUUCCAAUGGAGCUGACAGUAAAAUUCCUCAAUGGGAAAACAUAUUCCUUGGAUGUGAAUCCCUCCAUUACUGUGAAGCAGCUAAAGCAGAAAAUAGAGAUCCAAUCUAGUCAUCCAGCACAACAUAUGAUGCUAGCAAUUCAGAAUGGACCGACAAAUAAUUUGGAAAAAGAGGACUGGAGUCUUGAUCAAUAUGGGUUGAAACCUGGGACUAUUGUGACAGUGUUCAACACUGAACCAAAGCCCAUGCAGGUGUUUCUGAAGAAUGACAAAAGUCAAACGAAAACCUAUGAGAUACAACCAGGUGAAACUGUCACACAGUUCAAACAAAAAGUCUAUCGGGGUGAAAAGGUUUCUACUGACCAGAUGAUACUUAUAUAUGAAGGAAAGCAGCUGGAGGAUGGCAGAAAAAUGGAUGACUAUAACAUUCAAACUAAUAAGACCAUUUAUCUCAAUCUACGCCUCCGCGGAGGCUAAUGAAAUGUCCUAAUCCAUCCCAGUAUUUGUCAUUGACUGCAGUAUUUUCUUCCUAUUAUAAUAAUGAAAAGGAAAAAAAAACAGCACCUUUCACUUUUGCUUCUGUUCCUAAUUGUAAUAAUAAUAAUAAUAUUGUAGUAAUAUUUUAUAAAAUUGUAGUAAUAUUUUAGGCUCAAUCCAAAAAUAGAAGUGUUCUAGAACUUAAGAUUUGCUGAAAAAAUGUAGCACUGUUUUUUUUAUUUCUUAUACCGUACAUUAUUUUAUAUG